CAUUACCCAGGUGUCCCCGCGGCUCUGCUACAAGCUGGCUACCCCCCGUUCUGGGAGUGUUUCCCAUUUAAACAAACACCGUCCUGCCGAAGAUGGCGGAGAGUUUGUAGAGGCGUUAAAAAGAAACUGCUCUGCUCUGUGAAAGCGUCGACGCCGGAGAUGUUGAGACAUUGAAGAGACACUAGACCCUGAAUGGAGCUUGACUGGGGCUUGUACUGGCCGAGGUGCUGAUAUGUGAUGAAGAUGAGUGGCGUUGGAGACAACUCGUUGGAGCCGCUGUGCUCCGACCGUAAACGUAAACUGUCCACAUGUGACACACCAGGUUUAGGGUGUGACAAGCGUCGGAGGGAACAGGAGAGCAAGUACAUCGAGGAGCUGGCUGAGCUCAUCUCUGCCAACCUCUCCAACAUUGACAGCUUCAACGUCAAGCCUGACAAAUGUGCCAUCCUCAAGGAGACCGUGAGGCAGAUCAGACAAAUCAAAGAGCAAGGAAAAAGUUCAUGCAGUGAUGACGAUGUCCAGAAGGCGGAUGUGUCCUCCACUGGUCAAGGGGUCAUUGACAAGGACCAUCUGGGGCCGCUACUCCUACAGGCCUUGGAUGGCUUUCUGUUUGUGGUGAACCGAGAUGGCAACAUAAUAUUUGUGUCAGACAAUGUGACCCAGUACCUGCAGUACAAGCAGGAAGAGCUGAUCAAUACCAGUGUGUACACCAUCAUCCACGAUGAGGACCGGGAGGAGUUUCACAAGAAUCUGCCCAAGUCAAAUGCACCAAACGGGGCAUCAUGGGGUGGAGAGGCUCCCCGGCAGAAGAGUCACACCUUCAACUGUCGUAUGCUAGUGAGCUUUGUUCAUGGUCAGAGUCAUGGGUUGUCGGAUGAGAGACCUGGAGGCCAACGCUAUGAGACCAUGCAGUGUUUUGCCCUCACUCAGCCCCGGGCUAUGAUGGAGGAGGGAGAAGAUUUGCAGUCUUGUAUGAUUUGUGUGGCGCGACGCAUUACAGCAAUAGAGAGAACAGAGAGGUUUAGUACUCGCCAUGAACUGUCUGGUAAACUGAUUGAAAUCGAACACCAGAGCUCUCUUCACACCACUAUGCGCCCAGGCUGGGAGGACCUGGUGAGGCGUUGCAUGCAGAUGUUCCUCCAACACAGUGAAGGCCAACCAUGGUCCUACAAACGUCACUAUCAAGAAGCUUUCCAUAAUGGCCACGCAGAGACCCCACUCUACCGCUUUUCACUCUCCGAUGGCACCCCAGUCACAGCCCAGACUAGGAGUGACCUCUGCAGGAAUCCCAACACCAAUGAGCCACACUCUUUCUUGUCCACACACCUGCUACAAAGAGAGCAAAAUGGUUAUCGUGGAAACCAAGGCAUGAGGCCUCAAAGCACGGGUGUGAACAACCCCAACCAACAGAUGAACACGGGCCCAGGAGGAGGCAUGAACAGGGGCUAUGGCAUGGCGGACCAGGCCAACAUGCCACACAGAGGAAUGACCCCAUAUGCUGGGGGCAACCGCACAAAUCAGAUGAGUCCCAUGCAUCCGAUGAACAACGUCGGUCAAAUGAAUCAAAUGAAUUCGAUGCAUCCAAAUAACUCGAUGAACCAAAUGGGGCCAAUGAAUCAGAUGGGCCACCAUGGCAUGCACCAGCAGCAGCACCAACAUCAACAGAUGGGUCAGUUCCAUGGAGGAGGAGGUGGACCUGGAGGCGGAGGGUAUGGCAUCGGAAUGACCAGCCCCCCCCAGACCAGUCCAGGGAUUAACGGCCCCCCACACAAUGUCAUGGGCUCACCCAGAGUCCUAGGAAGCCCCAAGAUGGCUGCUAGCCCCUUCUCUCCUGGUGGUAUUAACUCUCCCAUGAGCUCCAGUCAUCCUGGUCAUCCUGGUAACUCUGGAGGGGGAGGCACCACCUUUUCCAGCAGCUCGUUGAAUGCCCUCCAAGCCAUUAGUGAGGGAGUGGGCAAUCCGAUGCCCUCCCCACUCACUUCUCCUCCCCCUCACAAACCUGACAGCUCCCCAAGCAUCAACUCCACCAACCAGACUUCGGGUGUACCAUGUAAACCUGGCCUCCCAGCCUACUCUGACUCUAAGAGCCCAGGCAGCUCAUUGGGGGCUGGAUUAGAGCAGCAGUCGCAGCAGCACCCACACACUCCUACCAGGGAGGGGCCUCCUGACAAGCCGGACAGCCAGGUCAGCAGAGACAUGGGUCAGACCGGGGGAGAAACCGGUCGACGGGUCCCUGACGGCAGAAGUCACAAGAAACUUCUGCAGCUCCUCACUUCCCCAACAGAUGAGUUGGUGCCACCCAAUCACACAACAAGCUCUGGACCCACCUCCUCGCCUGAGACUAAAGAUGGAACAGCAGGUGUCACCAGCCCCUCCUCUUCAACAGGAGUAUCCUCCUCUACAGGCGGAAAUCAUGGCGCUGUGUCCUCCUCUGGUGGCGCAGGACAUUUAUCAAGUCAGUCGCUGCAGGAAAAGCACAAGAUCCUCCACAAGCUCCUCCAGAACGGGAACACUCCUGAUGAUGUGGCUCGCAUCACAGCCGAGGCCACUGGGAAGAGCAGCUUGGAUUCAGAGCCUGGGCCUGCUGCCACUGCAGGAGUUAGGGGGUCCGAAUCCAAACAGGAGCAGCACAGCCCUAAGAAGGAGAAGCCUCAUGCGCUCCUUCACUACCUCCUCAAUAAAGAUGACACAAAAGAAGGUGGAGAUAUCAAGCCAAAGCUGGAGGAGCUGGAAGGGAGAGGACCUCAGGGGGCAGGGGUUACCAGCUCUGAUUCCCACUGCAUGGAGGGAAAGGUAAAAUUAGAGCCAACUGAUAAGGCGGAAACUCUGGAGACCAUCCUUGGUGUCCCAAGAAACAACUCUGGCUUCUAUCCUGAAGCAGACUCCAGAGUAGGGAAGGAAGUGGGAAACAAACAAGGAAAUCUUCCUGACAGUUUACAUGAAGGGGAGAAAGGCCCCCUACCGCAAGGUCAGCGUGGUGUCUAUCAAAGAGCCUUGUCCAUGGAUGCCAAGCCCAUGGGCGCAGAGGGGCCAGUAGGAGGCGGGCUAGCUAUGAGAAGGAACGUCCCCUGUCCCACAUUGGUCAAACAGGAGAAUGUGGAUGCUCCAAUCCGACCUGGGGGUGUUCCCAAUGGCUUUCCCGGAGGCAUGGGAGUGUGUCCACCACGGGGAAAUCCAAGAGGAAUGGGCAGAGGUAUGGGAAUGCCCCAGCGCCCUCCCAUGGCAGGGCCAGGGGAGUGGGGGAUGCAGAGGUCUAGCGUCAGCCCUACAAUUGGACCAGGACACCCGGGCAUGGGUCGAUCUGUCCCAAUGGGAGGUCCCAUGAUGAACCGCUCCAACAGUGUACCUGGAAACACCAGGUCCAUGCUGCAGCAGCAGCUCAUGGAUAUGGGUACCAAUGAUGCCAGUAUUAGCAUGAGCCCGUUUCGUGGACAUGGACCUCCGCCUCGGUCCCCCUCUUGGCCAGACUCUGCUAUGGGAAUGGACCGACCACAGAUUAAAACAAACAGGGACCAGUUGGCGCACCCCCUGCAUGAGUUGCUGGGUCCCCUGACCAACAGCGAAGGCCCGAGUGAUGAGCGAGCUCUUCUGGACCAGCUAGAUUCUCUACUCAACACGGCUGAUGUCAGUGCUUUGCAGGAGAUAGACCGAGCCCUUGGCAUCCCGGAUAUAGUCGGCAAGACCCGCAGACCUGAAGGUCACCCGCAGGAUCCAGGUCGCGGUCCAGGUCGAGGUCCAGGCCGGGGUCAGUGCCCACCAUCGGAGCCUUUCCCAGUGCCCCCAGAAUCAACCAUAGGCAUGGACAAAAAAGCCAUGUAUGGACAGGGCUACCCUGGCACCCCAGGCCCCCCCUCCGUGGGCAUGCAAGCUGGUUACAGCAGCAACACAAUGCAAGGCCAGUCUCCUGCAGGCUUCAACCCUAUGAUGAAUCAGAUGGGCCAAACAGGGAGCUUCCCAGGCAUGGGGGGUAUGGGCAACCCCCGUGCAAACAUGAUGAGACCUCGCAUGAUGGCCACCAAGCCUCUCCUACUGCAGCUACAGCAGAGGUUGCAAGGGCAGCAGUUUAUGAACCAGACCCGACAAGGCAUGAAGAUGGAAAAUAUCCCCGGGGUAAAUCCUGCCAUGCGUCAAGGCAUGCAACCCGGCAUGCAACCCGGCAUGCAGCCCGGCAUGCAGCCCGGCAUGGGUGGUCAGCCUGGUUUCCUAAACGCUCAGAUGAUGGCUCAGCGCAGCAGAGAGAUGAUGACUAUGCAGAUGAGGAGGCAGCGGAUGAUGAUGCUGAUGCAGCAACAGCAGCAGCAGCAGCAGCAAGGGCAGGGAGCAGCAGGAGGCUUCAGCCCUCCCCCGAAUGUCACUGCACCUGCAGGCAUGGACCACCCCAUGGGAGGACCGCCUUUAAACCAACCUGGACAGCAGGGCUUCAACUAUGGAGGCAGCUAUGGGAUGAAUCAGCAGGGGGAUCCAUCUUUCAUGGCUCCAGGUAGCAGCUCACCAGGAAACGUGAUGCAAGGACGAAUGGGGGGCCCUCCUCAGAACACCGUGACGCAAGGGAUGCAGGGAAACCCACAGGGAGGGCCCAUGUACGCAUCUGGUGACAUGAAGGGCUGGCCACAGGGCGGCAUGCCUCGCAACAGCUCAUACUCGCAGCAACAAUACCCCCAGCAAAGCAACCAGGGCCAGUUUGGACCCAUGAUGAUGAACAACUCCUUGGCUGGACCUGGGCAGGUCAGCGGGGCCGGGGCAGGACAGUUGGGCCAGAUGUCGGGCCAGAUGCCGGGCCAGAUGCCAGGCCAGAUGCCAGGCCAGAUGCCAGGCCAGAUGCAAGGCCAGAUGCAAGGCCACAUGGGCAUGAACCCAAUGGGAAUGGGUAGAAUGCCAAUGGGACCUGAUCAGAAGUAUUGCUGAGGACCUGUGGAUGACAGCAGAAACCGGAGCCUUUCACCUGUAGCAAAGUGGCCAGGAACACGAGAAGAGCUGGGCUUACACACACAAACACACACACACACACACACACACACACACACACACACACACACACACACACACACACACACACACACACACACACACACACACACACACACAGUAGGAGUUCCCCUUCAUAAAAUGUAACGCAGGAGACUCAACACAACGCAGUGUUCAUCCUGAAGGAAGUGGGCUACGAGGACAAGCCUGCAUCAGGUUUCAUCGCCAACUGAAGCCUCACAACCCUAUUUAGGUUAUGCACACGCACACACACUAAAUAUCUGUGGCUGUGUGUGUGUAUACACAUGAAUGAGCUGCAGCUGUCGGGCAGUAUUUAGCGUCACAGUCAGUCUGCAAAGAGGGACUACGGUACAACUGAUUGUGGCCGCACUUUACCUGGAGGCUUCUGUGUGGAACAACGAUCGAUGCAAUAUUUCUUCAUCAUUAAAGCCUUACUAGAGAUUCAAUGCCUUCACAACAAUGGGUUUCUUCUCGGUUGCUUCUUUUUUAUCCUUUGGAUGCGCCUCAUUCUUUAAGACGUUGGAAGCUCUAAGCACAGUUUUACUAUGUUAUGCAGAUUGGAGCAAUAACUCUCACCUCUAUGCUUUAAACUGUAUCUGAGCACCAUCACCCCCCCUAUGAGCAAACAAAUGGUACUGCAGUAUUAGAUGUCUCAAGUGUCCUCUGUGAACAUGAAUUGUAAAUAAUCUACAAAAUAUAUCAAACAUGUUUUUUAAAGGCCCAUUAUUGCACAGAGUAUGAGACCUGGUUGUAUUUUUGUGUCCCAUAUGCCAAUCCGGAUUUGGUUCAUUAGUUGUUGUUUUUUUGCGGAGGCAAAUAUUGCAGGUGUGUUUGGGUUUUCCAUUCCUUGUUUGUCUUUAUCUGGAUGCUGUAUUUUUUUAUUUUCUGAAAAGUCUUUUCUUCAUGUUUUAGUCGAGGCACUUUUUAUUUGUGAUGAGGAUCUGAUGAGUUGAGGCUUUGAGCUGUCAGCUGUCAGAGGUCUUUAUUGGAAGGGGGAGGAAAUGAAUUCUGUCAGGACUGUCCAUCAAAUUAUUUGUUGGUGUGUGUGCGUCUGCGCGUGUGUGUGAAUUAUACAUGUUGAGAGGACCCGACUCUGUUGACACAGUCACACGAUUGUGGCUUUUCUUCCUUUAUGGGGACAAAAGGAAAUACCCCCAUUAUGAGGUAGGCUCGGGGAAGUUAGGUUUGGGGUUAGUGUUAGGCAAUAAGUUGUGUGUGUGUGUGUGUGUGUGUGUGUGUGUGUGUGUGUGUGUGUGUGUGUGUGUGUGUGUGUGUGUGUGUGUGUGUGUGUGUGUGUGUGUGUGUGUGUGUGUGUGUGUGUGUGUGUGUGUGUGUGUGUGUGUGUGUGUGUGUGUGUGUGUCCAACAGACCUCUGGUCCUCCUCUCUCGCUCCCUCCCACCAGCUCUGUUUCUGUGUCCAGUGUAUUUUAUUAGCAGCAUCUUCUUUUGACUGUUAUUCUCGCUGAAUCUACCUUCUCAACAUGCGCAAUCCAAAGAUAUUUUUCCACAUCCCUGUAUAGUUUCUGGUGUAAAUUUUUUUUUAUCAUAAGUGUCAUGUUAUUCUGAUGGUAAAUGGGUACAUAUCAUGGACCUGUAAUCACAUAUGACGGUUGUGUACUGCAAGCUAACGGCUAUUGGUGCAGUGCAAAGAGGAGCAGACGGUCCCAACCCCACAGCAGAAGGUUUUUACAUCCAGAGAGGAAAAGAGGAAGCAUGUUUUGCUGUGAAAGAUAAAUAUUAAUGGAAUGAAUUCAACUUAAAGACAUAUCAAUAUCUCCUCUAUUUUUUGGGAAACAACUUCAUUUAUGUGCAUAUUUUGUUACUUCAGGAAAAAUGAACUUUGUAAAGUUUUGAUGGAGUACAAAAGGAGGUUUGUUUCUGUUUUUCUUUGUGUGGAGGUAAGAUAAGCUGUCAUUUUACAGGAUGUAUAUUACAGAAUUUUUUUUUUUCUUUUGAUGUUGAUAUUGAUGUAAAUACAAAUUUCUAUUUAAACA